AUUGUGGCAGGGGGCGGGAGAGAGGUACCCAGAGAGAUGUUUGGAGAAUUUUUAUAAAAUUAUUUAUUUAAAUAAAAAUGGCCGCCGUAGAGAGCGGAGAGGAGAGACUUGAGGACCCUGACCAGCCCCAGCAGACCAGCUCCAAGGAGACAAAGACACACAAGUCCAAGAAGUCUCGGAGGGAGAGACGGGAUGCAGAGAGGGUGGAGUCGACCACGUCAGCUCCUUCCCCUGCAGGAGGGCUGGUGCUGGGUGGACAGCCCUCCCAGGGGUUGGAGGCAGGGCCAUCGGAGCCUGUGGAGCGUGCUGCCUCAGAGUCGACAGCCUCAGACUCCGCAGCUGGGGAGUCUGCAGGGUCUCCCAAACAGCGGCGUUCGAUCAUCAGGGACCGUGGUCCGCUUUAUGACGACCCGUCCCUGCCAGAGGGUUGGACACGCAAACUCAAACAGCGCAAGUCUGGGCGCUCAGCUGGCAAGUUUGAUGUCUACCUGAUUAACCCGGAAGGUAAAGCCUUCCGUUCUAAGGUGGAGCUGAUUGCGUACUUCCAGAAGGUUGGUGACACCACCACAGAUCCGAACGACUUUGACUUCACCGUCACAGGUCGUGGUAGCCCCUCCCGCCGUGAAAAGAGACCUCCCAAAAAAGCCAAGGUGGUCAAACCUUCGGGGAGGGGCCGGGGACGACCUAAGGGCAGUGGGAAAGUCCGCCCUGCCACCGAGGGUGUGGCUAUGAAGCGCGUGGUGGAAAAGAGUCCAGGGAAACUACUUGUCAAGAUGCCCUUUAGCGCAGCUAAAACCCAGGCCCCUAUACCAGUUCCUGUCCUCAUGGCCAAGGCCCGACCCGGAAGGAAGAGAAAAGCAGAGCAGGAGCCUCAGGCCCAGGCACCAAAGAAGCGAGGACGUAAGCCUGCGGCGGCGGCGGCGGCGGCGGCCGGGAGCAGCACAUCUUCAUACACAGCAGCUGCCAUGAUGGCAGCAGAGGCCAAGAGGAAAACCCAGAAGGAGUCUUCCGCCAAGCCCGUCCAACAGACUGCCCUACCCAUCAAAAAACGCAAGACCAGGGAGACCGUGGAGGAGAUGGAGAGCCCAGCCACGUCCACAGUGGAGCUGGUCACGGGGGGUGCCGGAAGAGGAGAGGGAGAAGGGAGUGGUGGAGGAAGUGGUGGAGGAAGUAAAGGAAGAGGGGGAGAGACAACAGGAGGUGGUUGUGGAAGUGAAGUGGGGGCUGGGACAGGUGUCCAGGUGGUGGUGACAGCACUACAGGAGCCACAACAGCAGCAACUGGGACAGAAGCCGCCAAAGAGCCAAGGAAGGAAGCAGAAGGAGGCUCCUCUGGCCCCGGUCAUAGUUACUGCAGGAGUUGGAGGCGGUGGAGGUAGCAGCAGCAGCAUCAGUAGUCCCUCCAAGAGCCACAAGAGAAAAGAGCGUGUUCCACACAAACACCCACACCAUCACCACCACCAUCGCCAUCAUCACCAUCACCAACACUCUUCUACCACCUCCUUGGAGCAGCCCCAGGCCUCCCACCUCUCCCAGCCUUCCAUUAGCCUAUCGUCCCCCAGCCCCAGCUUGACUGGGGCCCCAGUCCUGCAGAGGAACCAGGCGGAACCCCAGGACCUGAGCAGCCCUCGGCCCUACCGUGGGAGCCAGCCCGUUGGCAGCAGAGAAGGGGCUCCGGACAGCUUCCCUAACCCCACAGGCUCCACCUCCACCAGGACUUCUCCUGUCUUAGUGUCUGAUGGCAGGGCCAAGCAUCGAGCCGAUGAGGCCGCAGGCGAGGGGAGGGAUCUGAGAGACAUUGUGCCCUCCUCAGCCGUGCCUCGGCCCAGCCGAGAGGAGACGGUCGAAUCCCGGACAGCCGUCAGUGAGAGGGUCAGCUGAUUGGCUGGCUAUGUGACUUACAGGGGCCCACAAUCUGUCUGCACCGACCGGAAAGCAGUUCUGAAGAGAGAAGCGGAGCAAAAUCGGGCGUUUCUUUUUUUUUUAUUAGAAAAACAAAUGGAGGAGAAGAAAAGCGACAAAAAAAUGUGUGUACAUACAAACACAAGGCAGCUGUUGUCAUGUUUUCUCUGUGGGGUUGGGCUGUGUUAAGGAUUUGCUCUUAACAAACACCCAAAACAAGAUUGCUUCCUGAUUAACACAUUUUGUUUGUUCUUAUUUCUGUCACAGCUUUAAAGUUGAACAAUAUCCACUUUAACCCACAGUACAUUUGUCAAAGCUUCAAGGAGGUGGAAAGAUUGCAGUAAGAAACAGACCUUGGACCAAACACUGGCAAAUAGGCCUACUUAAGAUUCACUUGAUUUAGUUCACCAAGUAUAAAGAAACCAAUGGAACAGUCCCAUCAUAAAAAAUUUGGAGCUAAAUUAAAUGCACCGUAAUCUUACUAUUUGAUGUCUUUGACAAAGGUCUGGUUUCUAUCACAUCUAUCCCGUACCUAAUUAUUUUGAUCUGGUUCAUGACACGGGGCAGAAUUGUGUUUAAUUUGCCAAAAGCGUGUGUACCUUUGUGUGUUUUCUUCCACACAAUCCGCUUGGCCAUGAUGUAUGUUGUAGACAAGAGUGUAAUGGUCUGAGGCAGUGUAGCCUCCCAGGAUGAAUGUCUACCUUUUGGAUGCCAUAGCUAAUGUUUACUUAAAUAGAUUUUCUAUAGAGUCUCCAUUAUAAAUUAUAUAUAAUCCUGUUUUACUCUGUGUCCGUGCAAGACUACUGUCUUGCUGAUAGCUGUCCAGACCGCCAGCUGUGUUAUCAACUGGGUAUGAGUUUUUUUGCUUUGACAUGGAAAAAAAACGUCUGCAGUCAUGUUAAUGUGAUGAUGUUACUCAUGUUAAUGAGUGACAUAAUUUGUUAAUUGGCCAGAGUAAGAUUUGAAAAUAGCCAGUUGAAAUAAGGUGGGGUAGAAUAUAAUGAAAAUGGGGCUCCAGGUUCUGAAUAGGGCCCAGUUUCAGUCAGUUUCAGUCUCCUAAAACCACAAUUGUCAUUCACAUCCAGAAUGGUUGAGGGAUGUUUGAUCACAGAUGCGUAGUAAUGUAGAUCUCCCCAUGUGCUGUUUCUUUCAACCACUCCGAAGCUUCAAGAGGAAACUGACAUGAUACUGACAGACAGAUAAGAACUUCCUGUCAACUGGUUUCUCACACAUUUAUUUGAUGCUCAUAAACAGGAGGUUGAUCUUCCACACUAACCAAUAUGAUGAUAAUACAGUAUGGUGGUUACUGCAGCAUGUGCGUUGACAAAGGAAGGAUAUUUAUCCAGGUUUCAGUUAUAUUCACCAUCAUAUUCAUGCCCUCUUUGUGCUUUGUGUAAAGUACUAGAAGUAGGCAUUGUGUUUUUCACUUUUUAGUAAUGACAGUCUGUUAAAGCUGUAAAGUGAUCUAACAAUCUAGCUGGCUAAUAUCAAUAUGUGUAUGACUGCACAGACCGGAGCACUUAUAACCCCAGACAAGGGAUCGAUACAAUUAUAACUAAAUGUACAUGACCUAAUAAACUGUCAUGUAAUCAAGGUUAACCUGACUAUUCAUUUAGUUUAGUUAUUUUUCCAAAGAUUGUUGAGGAAAUACAAUUUUGUAUGUGAAUGUACAGGGUUUAAUAACAUUAUGUUGUCAUAGAUAUCUUAGCAUUUUUCUGAUUCGUAGAAAAUGUAUUACAUUUAAUUAAACUAAAAAAGUUUGUUUAGUUCAGAGGAUAAGUUUAGUUUUUGUAAGUAGAGAAAGUAAAUCAAUGGAUUUUAUGUCCGAAAGCUUUUGUGAAAAAACCAAACCCAUUUAAGGAAGUUCUUCUUUGUCUGUUGUGUUGAGUGAAUGUACAAAAAAAAAAUGUUGUUUUGUUGACACAAUGUUUUUUAAAUGUAGAGGACAGGUGUAGCCAGGAAUAUUUCGGACACGCAAGGUUUUGUUGAGAUGAAGUGUAACGUUAGUCCAACGUUACAUCCAUUGCACUGAUGUUACAACCCAGUUCUCAUUCUGCAUGCACUCUUUUUUUCAUUUACUUUAGCUCCCAACGUUCUAAAAACACACUUUUCUUUUUGUAAGCCCAAACUCACAGAUUCAUGUAGGACUCAGAUAACGUGGCACAAAAUAUACUGACUGCAUGCUCCAGGUAUAGUGUUUGGAGGCCAAGGUGACUUUUUCCUCAAUCAUGUUACAUUAUGUUAAUCUAGGGUACAUAGUGUAGAUAUGAACAAAGAUGCCAUCCAUAGUUGCUAUUUAUCAACCUUCAAACAAUGGUUGGAAUUCAUCAAACUUGGCUUUCUAAAGAAUUGUGCUUUUAUUUUUUAUCCAACCGUAUUUAUUCUGUCUCCCAGUGAACUAUGUCUGACUUAACAGUGUAACCCUAGAACAUGCAUUUUUGUGGCACAAUAACAAUGUUUGAAUGAAUUUCUAGCCUAUGCUCUCACACGCACAACAGGCCCUUAACCCCAGUCUCCCCCACCCUAGAAAAACAUGGUUUUCAUUCUGAAGAAAAACUUCUAAAAUAUUCUUGCAUGCCACAGUUACAGAGAUAUAUUUGUUAGUGAAUUUUAUAAUGUAAUAUAAUAUAAAAAGUAUGUAUUACUUUGAUGCACCAGUAUCUUAAACCUGUAUUAAUCCAAUUCAAUUAAACCAGUUGAUAUCUGGAGGAACAGGAAUUUAAGAAGGUUGUGUCAUGCGAAUCCAUCCCAGAAGUUUGCUUGACACCACGUUAUUGUGAACACAGAGAUCGAUGCUAUAAUUUCCAUCUGAACCCUUGAUCAGAGAAAUCCGAGGUUCUGGACUUAUUACUCUAUUGAAAAUAUAUUUUGGUUAGGAGAAUUGGACCCCAAAAUAUCUGUAAAUAAAAAAAGAUUUUUAGUUUCAUAUCAACAACUCAAAAAGGACGUAUUAUCCAGUGGCAAAAACCUGAUGGUGUCAACCUUGUCAGUCUUCUGUGAAUCGCCAUUGUCUUCUGUGCCCAUAUUUACUUCGCACAUUGGAUCUGAAGUACUGUAUACAAUGCCCCCCAUGUUUACAGAAUGCAUCUUAAUGCAGCGUAAACAAGGUCUUAGAUGUUGCUUGUGUCCUGCCUCCCGUGGUCUCCUCACUUCCCUGUCCCUAACCAGAAGGGUAGGGAGUAUUGGUAUAAGAGCUCCCUUGCUCUUAAAGGGCUAUGAAAUGUUUUCAAACUUUAAACAAUAUGGGGCAAUGCUGUCUAAAGCCCGACAAUAUAACUACACUCCUCUUUGUUUGUAGUUGUGAGCACUAUUGAAUACAUUCAUGUCCAGACUUUAGUCUCUGUAGAAAAUUGGGACUCAUCCUAUUCCCCCUAUAUAUUCCACCUGUAGAAAAACAGGACUCCCUCAUUGUGUCCUGGUGACUUAGUACCACUCCUCUCUCUCUCUGUCUGUCUCUCUCUCUCUCUCUUUGUCUCUCUCUCCAUACAGGCAGUAUGAUCACUUGCUCACUUUCAACUAACUCUGCAUCCUCAGUCGCUACCCCAGCAGCCCAAAGUUUGCACUUAGUCCCUUGUCUAUUGAGAACAGCCUGGACUAUGACAUGUAUUUGAGACUCGUAGCUUGCUUCCAUGCUUACUGCAGUUCAAUACUAUAAAGGGGUAUAUCCCAGGAAGUGUAGAGAAUGUUGAUGCAGAGUUCCACAUUCAAAUGUAACUGGAGGGGGAGGCCAGGUGGGAGAAGGAUAUGGGCAGCUGAGAGGACAAAGAUUUAACAUGUGGCUCAAGAAGACUUAACCCUUUCUAAAUGUAAAAAAAUAAUAAUCUGAGUUUAAUUGUUUUGAUUUGAUGUUCUACAGUCUGUUAACUCCUGUCUGGACUUAAAACUGCAGCAACUUUGCUGAGUCCAUCUGGGUAGCAUUGUCAGCCAAGCAGGAACAGAAAGGAUAGUGCCUUGCAUUAGAGAGCGACAUUGAACAGUAGUUGCCUUUGAUGAAAAACAUAAUAGUUAAAUAGAUAAACAGAUGGCAUGUCAGGUCAAAGUGGGGUUUACCCAGUUUCCUCUGGAAAUCUGGGAUCUUAAUCAUAUUUGCAUAGAAGCAAACUUCAGUGACAACCGCACAUAAUCUGCGGUGGAUUAUGGGUUGGAUUCCUUGUUUUUAAUGAACAUUGUUCGUCAAAGAGUAGCCUAUCUGGCCCUCAAAUACAAGACACACUGAUGUAGAAUGUACUCCGCUAACAGGUGUUUGAAGUGUUUGCAUGUGGUUAGGAAGACAGAAAUCUUGUAAUCUUCAAAGCAUAUAUUGUCAUUUUCCAGGAAUUUAAGUGAGCUUUCUGUUUCUGCUGGUUGAAGGUCAUCUGUAUAUCUUUUUUUCUAGUAGUGUGUGUCUACAUGUCCCUGCCUUUAGAUUUGCCAUCUCAGACGUUGUAGCUAUGACAAUGCUGUUUGGGCUCAGUCUCUUCCACCAAACCUGCUUUUAAAAAGCAAUAGUCUAGAGAGCAAAACAGUGAUUUUGUGUUUGUCCAUCAACACAGGCUUUCUCCUUGUACACCUCUAACCCCACAUUAAAUCUGAAAAGGGAGAUUUUUAAUGAUUGCAUGAUGUACAGGAUAAAAUGAAUUACAUCAAAGUUAUUUAUUGAAUGCCAGUUCAGGUCAAAAAUAAAAGAGUGAACUUUGAUACAAAUUCAAAAAUCCACUGUUGGAAAAUUAACUGUCUAUUUAACAUAGUCUUGUGCCUUGAAGUUGAAGUACUAGAAUUUAUACUGUGGUUGAUGUAUUUUUUAUUCAGAGUCCUGUAUUUGCCUCUUGUUGCUAUUCUGCGCUGUGUGUAUCAUAGAGUAAUAGAUAAAGUAUUUUCUUAGUUUGAUAAUUUGCCUGCUUUGUAUUUCAUUUAAAAGUGUUUUGAGGAACAGAGGAAUUAUGUAACAGGGCAAUAACGAUCAUGUAAUGAUACCUUGUGACAAUAUAGCAUUGAUAUGUUAUUCUCUUUGUUUUAGCACUUUUUGGGAACGUGUUGUUCUUGGAAAUUUAAAUUUCACCAUAACCACAAUAAUUGGUCACACAUUAGUCUGCCUUAGUCCUUCCAACCACAAUAUUUUAUGAGAGAAUAUUUCAAUCAUGGCCAGUUGGUGAAAUACAAUACAAUUAAGAUCUGCACUUUAUAAAGUAUGAUGCGUAACAGGACACUCAUUUCCCUUUUGUAUGUAUUUUUACCUUUAUCUAAAGUUUUCAUUUUUUAUAUAUUUUUUUCCAUUUUAGUUGCAAGUAUUACAAAGGGGUGAAGUGUCCUCUCUGUUAGCUGAGCUGUCACAAUUAAACAAUCACUUGUCGAGGUGUCAAGGGUUAUUUACCAUUUUCCAGGCCAUGUCUUUGCCUUCCUGAAACUGAAAAGCCUAGUUUGUGUCAACUUUUAUAGUAUUGUAUCUGUUUGUUUGAUUUUGCCCAAUGUAACAAACAUAAUAGUAAACAACAUAUAUAAUACCUGUGCCGUGUG